UUCGGCCUCGUCAGCCCGCAGCACGGAGCCGCCCUCAGCGCCCCAUGCGCCUCCCGGCCGCGCAUGCUCGGCGGGCAGGGGCUGGCGGCGGGCGCCAUGGUGUACAUCUCCAACGGACAAGUGCUGGAUAACCAGAGUCGGGCUCCUUGGAGUUUGUCAUCUAUAACAGAUUUCUUCUGGUCAAUAGCAGAUUUUGUGGUUCUGUUUUUCCAGAGCAUUAUUCAACCAGAUUUGAGAAGAAGAGGCUACACAUCCUCCUAUUUAGGACGCAAUGAUGGAAGAGGGCCUCCAGGAAAUCCUCGCCGUAGAAUGGGUCGUAUAAAUCACUGGGGUGGAGGCCCCAAUCCACCACCAAUGGCUGGAGGUGGAUGAGGAAGGUAAACGCCUGCUGUAAGAGGCGGGCAAAUGAGCAUGCACAUUUGCAAGGUGAAAGGGAAGAAGAGUUCAGCGGUGGACCAAAUGAGUUUGAAGUCAUGAAUGUGUAUGCCUAACCAAAAAACUGUUCUGCAAUACCAGCAGAUUAAUGAAGUUGUACUGGGAAACUCCUUCAAGGAUCUAGUGUAACUGAACUGCAGUUUUAUUAAAUACAUGUUUACUGUCUGUCUAAAGUCUUUGUAUAGCUUCUGAACAUUUUACUGUAGUUGCAAAAUAAGUAAAUUAUUUAUGGCUUGUCAGUAGGCAGACUCUUUCUUAUCAUUCUUAGAAAAGGAAAAAGUUCUAUUCAAACCCUUUUCUGUGCAAAUGAAAAAUGCACUAUACUUACGUGAUACAGAGGAUCAUUCAAGAGUCAACUUCAAGCCGUGCUUCCUGAAAGGUGUCGGUUUUGCUGUAUUUUUGUACAUUGCCAUAUUUUUAUAAUAUUAAUGAUAUGCUAAAAACAGUUUUAAAUGCAUUUUAAAUUAGUCAGUUUUACAGAUCUUCCUUUUACAAACUCUCUUCCUUAAGCCCAAUAAUGGGUUUUACAACAUGCCUAUUUUAUAAGCACUCUUGAAACAACUUCCUUCUGUUAUAAAGGUAUAUGCCUAUUUGCUGUACUGAUGCUGAUAGGACACUUCUUCAAUAAAGUUUUUUUUGUUUUG